AGACUUCAAAUCUUUCUCAUUCUCACUCUGUUUCUAUCUUUCAAACACCUUGUCUAAUUCUAAACUCCUUGCCGGCAUGACAAUUCAAUCAUGUUUCUUCGCCUGCUCGACUACAGACGAAACAAUAGCGUGUGAUAAACGAAAACAGUUGCAAUCUCCAAAUAAUAAUCUCUUUGGUUCCGAUACAAGUAGUUGUGCUUCUGAGAUGCUAAGCAAUUCAUCAACCCCAUCACAAUACAGUAUGUGUAGUACUAGUAGUCUUCAGAGUCAUCUAUCUUUACAAACACUACCUUCAGUUCUUUCUCUACAAAAAUCAUUGUCUCCAGAAACUUUGAAGAAUCUUAAUGUUUCUCAUCACUGUCUCUUUUCUUUCCAACAAUCUCAUCAAAUUACAUGCCUUGCUGUUUCAUCUAACCUUCUCUACGUUGCUUCUGGAUACGAAAUUAACGUUUUUGAUCUUAACAACAAUACCCAUGUCAAUACGUUCAAUGAUACUCAGUCUGAUUCCGGUUCGGUUAAAUCAAUAACGUUUUCCAAAGGAAAAAUCUUCACAGCUCAUCAAGAUUGUAAAAUUCGUGUAUGGAAGUUAUUAACGACGAAAGAAUGUAACCGUCACAAAUUAGUCGCAACGCUUCCAACGUUAAAUGAUCGCCUCUCCCGGUUUGUAUUUCUGAAGAAUUAUGUUCGCGUUAGACGACAUAAGAAACAACUUUGGAUUCAACAUUCUGAUGCAGUUUCUGGUGUUUCUGUUAAUAAUGGUUUGAUUUAUUCCGUCUCUUGGGAUAAAUGUUUGAAAGUUUGGAGGUCUAGAGAUCUUGUUUGUUUAGAAUCGGUUAAAGCUCAUGACGACGCUGUAAAUUCCGUUGCUGUUUCAGCUGAUGGAACUGUUUAUACAGGCUCUGCUGAUAAAAGAAUCAGGGUUUGGGGUAAAGGAUUUAACGACAUCCAAAAAAAACAUAGUCUAAUUGCAACGCUUGAGAAACAUAAAUCAGCUGUGAAUGCGUUAGCAUUGAGCGCCGAUGGGUCCGUACUGUUUUCGGGUGCUUGUGACCGUUCCAUUUUAGUAUGGGAACGAGAAGAUUCAGCAGAGUAUAUGAGUGUAACAGGAGCGCUUCGAGGACACCGUGGGGCAAUAUUGUGUUUGAUUAAUGUGUGCGAUCUGUUGGUGAGUGGAUCGGCUGAUCGGACGAUUAGAGUGUGGCAAAGAAGAGGAGAUAGUCGAGAAUAUUGUUGUUUAGCUGUUUUAGAAGGACAUGAAAAACCAGUUAAAUCAUUGGUAGCUGUUUCAGGUGGUAUUUCGGAAGGUUCUGUUACGAUUUGUAGUGGAAGUCUUGAUGGUGAGGUUAGAGUUUGGCAAAUUAAUCUUAGUUUGGAAUCUUAAGAGUUCUUUGAAAUAUCUAAUUUAGAUUAGCAGAGACAAUAUUUGUGAAAUAUUUUAGCUUUUUUUUUUAAUCGAUGAAAUAUUUUAGUUAAGCUCUGUGUAUUACAAUGAAGAUUGGAUUUUAUUUUGAUUUUAAUAAUAGUUACACAUUUGUAAUUGCUUAA